AUGCAGGCAGAAGAACGCGAGUUCUACAUGGCUACCUGGCCAUUUGGUGUGCAGCAGUUGUAUGAAUUCCCGAACAGAGAAUACAUUCGAAAAGAGCAGAGCGACUUUGGCUGGGACUGGGGUCCUGCCUUUGCACCCGCAGGCAUUUGGCAGCCGGCAUUCGUUGUGCAGCUACCGCCACAGAAUGUCUAUGUUCGCAAUACGCUUGUCGAUAUCUACCGCGAAGGACAACACAACUUCUAUGCUCCGGAUCAAACAAAGGAUUGGGUUCUCAACGCAAGCGUCGACUAUCUUGGAUCGUUACCUUCAGGAGUGAAUGUUCAAUAUACGAUAUCAAGUGGAGACGGCGAUGAUUUGCUGACUGGAUCGCUCGCGAAUGUCACCUCUGAGGAUGGAAGAAUCACAGGGAGCACAUCAGUACCAGACAGCGCUGUGGAACUUUGGUGGCCGGUUGGCAUGGGCCAACAGCAGCUAUACAAUCUGACUUUGAACAUUGUGGAUAGCAGUAACACGACGGUGGUGACCGUGACGAAGCGGAUUGGUUUCCGUACAAUCUUCAAUAAUCAAACACCGAUCUCGCAAGAGCAGCUGGACCUUGGAGUGGCUCCUGGUGGCAACUGGCACUUUGAGAUAAAUGGACACGAAUUCUACGCGAAAGGCUCGAACUUUAUUCCACCGGACCCAUUCUGGCCCACCGUGACGGAACCUCGGUUGCGUCAGCUGUUUGACAGUGUAAUUGAUGGCAACCAGAAUAUGUUACGAGUCUGGUCAUCUGGAGCGUAUUCUCCUGACUUUAUGUACGAUCUCGCGGACGAAAUGGGUAUCUUGCUGUGGAGUGAAUUCGAGUUUGGCUGUGCGCUUUACCCGGUUAACGAAGAGUUCUUGGAGAAUGUGGCACAUGAGGUAGAGUAUCAGGUCCGCAGGGUGAACCACCAUCCUUCCCUUGCCUACUGGGCUGGAGGUAACGAGCUGGAGAACCUGGAGCUCCCGACAGUCAACAAGACGGCACCCGAUGAAUACCCACGAUAUCUGGCUGAAUACGAAACACUCUUCCUCGACACCAUCGUGCCAAUAGUCCUUGGGAACACAAGGAGCAUUUCAUAUUCUCCAUCAAGCACCACGAAUGGCUGGCAGAGUCUUGACUUCUCCAAAAGCCAGCCGAUGACACAACGUUAUGAGAACCUCACGGAAGGAUCAAUCUACGGCGACACAGAUUUCUACAAUUACAACUUCAGCCAGCUAGGAAACUUCUCCAGAUACCCGGUCGGCCGCUUCGCGAACGAAUUCGGCUAUCACAGCAUGCCUUCCUUGCAGAGCUGGCAACAAGCCGUCGCGCCCGAAGACCUUUUCUUCAACUCUUCCGUCGUCAUGCUGCGCGACCACCACCCACCCGCAGGCGGCGUAAACAUAUCCAACUUCUACAACGCCUCCAUCGGCCAAGGACAGAUGACCAUGGCCGUCCAGCAAUGGUACCCUGUGCCAGACAAGACCGACUCACUAGCAAACUUCUCCGCCUGGUGCCACUCCACGCAGAUCUUCCAAGCCGAAUUCUACAAGUUCCAGAUCGAGUUCUACCGCAGGGGGAGCGCGCUUCCAGAGCGCCAGCUAGGCUCGCUGUACUGGCAGCUCGAGGACCAGUGGCAAGCGCCUACAUGGGCGGGCAUCGAAUACGACGGCAGGUGGAAGGUGCUGCACUACGUCGCAAAGGACAUCUACAAGCCUGUCGUCAUCUCAGCAUAUCGCAACGUGACGACCAACGACUUCGAAAUCUGGGUUAUCUCAGACUUGUGGUCGGCAGUCUCGGCGGAGGUCAAUCUGGCGUGGUACGACUGGUCCGGCAACAAACUCAACAUCAGUAUGGAUGCUGCAACGAACGUGUCCGUCGGAGCGAUAAACGGCACGAAGAUUGUGUCGUCCAAUCUCGAUACUAUCCUCCAGGGUCGGGAUCCCUCGGACGCAAUUCUCCGGCUAGACGUCUCAGCCCAGGGCUCCCUGCCCAACUCCAAUGCCACGCAAACGUUCACGCACACAAACUGGUUCCAUCCCGCGCCGCUCUCGAGCUCGAACCUCACGGAUCCAGGCCUUGAGCUGAGCCAUAGCAACGACACUUUCACCGUCAAAGCAACCAGUGGAGUCGCGGCGUUCGUGUGGUUAGAUUACCCUGGUGGAGCGGUUCUCAACUUCGAGGACAACGGGUUCUGGCUCGCGAAGGGGGAGGAGAAGGAGGUGGGGUAUAAAGUGAAGAGUGAUACUACGGGAGGGGGAUGGAAAGAUGGGGUGACGGUGAGGAGUUUGUGGAAUAAUACGCUGGCGGAGGGGUACUAG